AUGGACAUGUUAGCGAACCAACUCUCUCAGAUCGUGACUUCUUUUAGCAAGAUGCGCGGGAACGAAGGAAGGAUCCCCGCCUCGGUUAAACCACCAGAUAGGGCAAACAUCAGCCAGGUAACCCUAAGAUUGGGGCGUGGAUAUGGCGGACCGAGUGUGGAGAAAAAUGAAGGACCAACUCCAACUUCACUUGGGAAGGAAACCGAAAAAGAGGAAACCGGAACAUGGGAAGCUGAAACAGGGGAGAUCAGAACAGAGGAUGAUGAUCAGGAAAAGAACGGUGAAAAAACAGUACCCCAAGAAGCUGACCAACACUUUUCAGGCCCAGGAGUUGAGGUGGAGAUAGAAGAAAUCAGGAGAGAGGCUGGAGAGUCUUCCAAGGGAGAUAGUAGCAACAAAGAAAGGCAACUGCCCGUCUUCAGCAAGUUUAUCAAGGAGUUUAUUGCCGGGAAGACUAAACCCAGCGGCAAAAUAGUGAUUGGAGAAACCGUAUCGGCAGUGAUUCAGAAGAGAAGGAUGCCCUCCAAGCGUACUGAUCCAGGUGUAUCAAUAAAUGUUUUACCGCUUUCGCUUUAUAAGAAACUGGAAGGAGUCAGAAUGGUUGAUACAAAGAUGGGUGAGUACCAUUCUGCUAAGUCUAGCGGAGUGCUUUUAGGAAGACCAUUUUUACGCACCGCUAAGACAAUCAUUGAUGUUUCAGAUGGAACUAUUUGCUUAGAUUAUCAUGGAAAGAAGUUUACUUUAAACAUUGAUGAGGCUAUGCAAAAGCCACUGGAUAUAGAAAAUAUGCAUGCUGUAGAUAUGAUUAACCCCCUGGUCCAAGAAUUUCUUGAGACAGAAUUGAUGCACGAACAUGUGGAAAAUUCGGAAUUAAGUCACUCCAUUGACAAGGAGGUGGCCAAUUGGUCCAGUGUAGUAAACACACUGGGAAUGACAGAUGAAGAGUUAGCCGAAGCAAUUAUGGAAUUCUGUAAGAGCCCUGAAUCUGUCGGGUCUAAGGGAUCAGCUUGUAUAGCCAAGAUGGAAAAUUUACAUGAGCCUGAAGGAUUAAUCACCAAGGAGGUAAAGAAGAACCCAUUACCCCAGGAUACAAGUUCAGCAAAGAAACAACUGAAGACAUUGCCUCCAGGCCUCAGAUAUGCUUAUUUGGAAGAAAACGAGAGGUUCCUGGUGAUCAUCAACAACAACCUGACCAGGAAGCAGGAAGAGGAAUUACUGGAAGUGCUCAGGAGGAAUAAGACAAUAAUAGGAUGGACUCUGUCAGACCUGGUGGGAAUCAGUCCUGACCUCUGCAUGCAUCACAUUCGUUUAGAGGAAGGAGCGAAACCCCACCGAGACCCACAGAGAAAGUUGAAACCGAACAUGAGAGAAGAGGUUCUGAAGGAAGUGCUCAAGCUGCUGUCAUUGGGGAUCAUAUACUCCAUACCCGACAGUAAAUGGAUUUUUAUGGACGACUUCACGGUCUAUGGAAAUUCCUUCGAAGCCUGCCUCGCCAAUUUGGAUCUGGUAUUACAAAGAUGCAGAAAGAAAAAUCUGGUGUUAAACUUUGAGAAACGCCACUUUAUGGUACAUGAGGGAAUUGUUCUAGGACACGUUGUCUCGAAAAAGGGUAUUCAGGUGUAUAAGGCAAAAGUAGACGUAAUCUCAAGGCUCCCGUACCCUACAAAUCAGAAGGAGAUUAGGGGAUUUUUGGGCCAUGCUGGGUUCUACCGAAGGUUUAUCAAAGACUUUGCAAAGAUCGCACAACCACUUACCCGCCUCCUGCAGAAUGACGUGGACUUCAACUUUGACGAGGCAUGUCAAGAGGCCUUCCAACUUCUGAAAGAAAGAUUUGUAUCAGCCCCCAUUAUCAGAGCUCCAGACUGGAAUUAUCCCUUUGAAUUAAUGUGUGACGCCAGUGAUUAUGCAGUCGGAGCAGUCCUAAGUCAAAGAAUUGAAGGGAAGAACUAUGUGAUUUUCUACGCAUCGAAAACCCUGAACCAAGCCCAGAAGAAUUAUGACACCACAGAAAAAGAGAUGCUGGCUGUCGUGUACUCCUUUGAGAAGUUCCGACCAUACUUAUUGGGGUGGAAAGUAAUAGUAUUCACUGAUCAAGCAGCGAUCAAAUAUCUACUGGCUAAGAAGGAGUCCAAGCCACAGCUGAUUUCCAAUAAGUGA